GCCGUCCCCGUCGCGCUGUCCCGCGCCUCUGCUUCCGGUCCUCCCUCGAGGUGUCCUUCUCCUCCUCGUCCACCUCGCGGAAGGGAGCGUGUCCUCUGACCAGCAAUGGCGGACUUGGUUAGCUAUAGCGAUGACAGUGAUAACUUUAGUUGGGGAAGUGAUGACGAGGCUAAGCCCUCAUUGCCUCCGGUCUUGAGGAACUUGGACACCCCUGGCCCAUCCACACUGGUACGUCAGGAUCCUAAUCGGUGGGCCAACGGGGAAGCACCAUCUACUUCUUUAGUGGAGGUAUUUAUGGGAAUGGGUUUCCCAAAAGAGAUAGUCGUGAAGGGAAUUACAGAGAUUGGGCAUAGUGAUGAAAAUAGAUUGCUUGAGCUGCUUCUCACAUAUAAGGCACUAGGUGAUGAAGCUGCAGUGGGUAAUUGCUGUGCCUCUGGUUCCGCCCCCACAACUGUUGAAGAUGACGAUGAUCUUGAUUUUGAAAACUGGGAUAACAAUGAUGAUGCUGGUGGUAGAGAGCCCAACUCUGAUAGUUCUGAUGACGAGGAUUUUCUGCAAGAGUUAUCAGUGAAGGACAAGAAGAUAAAUUUAUUACUAGAGAUGGGAUUUCCUGAAGAUGAAACCAAUGUGGCCAUUACAAGAUGUGGUGCCAAUGCUGAUCUUUCUGUAUUACUUGAUUCAGUCUCUGCAUCACAGUAUGCACGAGAUUAUAAUUCUAGGAACUUCUCUGGCCAUGAGGUUAUGGAUAGAUUCUUAGGUUCUGUUGGAGAGGGAAGAAAAGCAAGAUUGAUGGACGAGAGAAAGAAAAAGAGAAAGCGGUAUGGAGUUGGAGCACAAGCCAAUCGCCCCCCCUUGGAUGGUAGCCUUGGCCAAGCAAUGCCUCUCCCAAAGCCAAUGGCUGGAUUUAACCUUCCUGGUGACAUGCGAACACUUAUCAGAGUGCUUCCUGAACAAGCUACCGGACGGCCUUUUUUCUUCUUUGAAAAUGUGGCCCUAGCUCCAAAAGGUGUAUGGCAAACCAUCUCACGAAAUCUAUAUGACAUUCAACCAGAGUUUGUAGACUCGAAGUACUUGUGUGCAACUGCGAGAAAACGAGGAUACAUACAUAAUUUGCCAAUUGAUAACAGAUCUCCUAUCCAUCCCAUCCCUCCAAAGACCAUAUUUGAGGCCUUUCCUCAUUACAAGAAGUGGUGGCCUUCCUGGGAUCAAAGGAGGCAGCUCAACUGCCUGCUGACUUGUGUGGGAACUGCAACGCUGACACGACGGAUUCAGUGUGUUCUUGCAAGAUCAGACAAUCCGCCGGCUACAGAUGUUCAGAAAUAUGUCAUGAAAGAGUGUAAAAAAUGGAAUCUUAUCUGGGUUGGAAAGAACAAAGUUGCUUCGUUGGAGCCUGAUGAGUAUGAAUAUCUACUUGGUUUCCCUAAAGACCAUACUAGAGGAGUUGGCAGGACAGAGAGGUACAAAGCUCUCGGCAACUCAUUCCAAGUUGAUACAGUCGCUUACCACCUUUCAGUUCUCAGAAACAUGUUUCCCAAUGGUGUAACUGUAUUGUCCUUAUUUAGCGGUAUUGGAGGAGGAGAGGUUGCUCUGCACCGACUUGGGAUCCAGAUGAAAACAGUCGUAUCUGUUGAGAUAAGCGAAGUUAACAGGAGGAUUUUGAGGGGUUGGUGGGACCAGACUCAGACAGGCACAUUGAUUGAGAUUGCUGACGUGAAGUCGCUCAGUAACGAUAGAAUUGCAUCACUCGUUAGCAGAUUUGGUGGGUUUGACUUGGUGAUUGGGGGCAGCCCAUGUAACAAUCUUACCGGGAGCAACCGACACCACCGUGUUGGCUUGGAUGGUGACCAUUCUUCUUUGGCCUACCAUUAUUUCAGGAUCUUGGGUGCUGUCAAGUCGUCUAUGGCGAGUUUGUAGCAUAAUCAUUGUUUACGCGAC